AUGAAAUUUCCUGACUAUUCAUAUUCUGAGGAAAUAAGAAAAGCAACUACUCCAAAUAAAGCAAAGAAACUUGGCAAUUCAAAGAGACAUUUCAUUUAUGAAGAUUGGGAUGAGCGCAGAAUAAAAGUAAUGUAUGAGGGACUUAAGGCAAAAUUUAAUCAGAAUCUUGACUUGUAAAAGAGUCUUUUAGCUCUUAGAGGAAGGACUCUUGUUGAGCAUACUGCUAGGGAUAGCUUUUGGGGAGAUGGAGGAGAUAUGGCAGGUGUAAAUAUGCUUGGAUAGCUGCUCAUGCAAGUUAGAGAUGAGUUAAUUAAUGAUAAAAAUUAAGGUAUUAUAUUUGAAGAAAGUUGA